AUGCCUCAGCGCGAGGGGCACGAGAACUCGCUCCUAUUCGUGAUCAGUCUCUCACUGGUCUUCACCAUAUGCAUUGCCCUGCUCCGACUUUGGAUUCGAAAGAGCGCGUACGGUGUCGAUGAUGUGGUCAUUGGAGCGGCGACGCUGGUAUCGCUGGGACAUACGGGAGCCGAUUACGCUGCGAUGAGUUACGGGUUGGGAAAGACAUGGCCAAGCAUCCUGCAACAAGGCGACUUGGCGCGACUCAAUGAGGCCUCGAUUGCCGGUAUCGUGCUGUUCUUCGUUGCGCUUUAUCUGUCGAAAUGCGCAAUGCUCUCCUUCCUUACGCGCAUCACCAAGACACCAUCACAGAUCAUACUAUAUCAGAGCUGCAACGCCGUUGUGGGAGUACUGGGAUUCGUAUCGAUACUUGUUGUGACGGUAGGAUGCCAUCCAAAAUCUGGAUACUAUUGGGCGUUUAGCGACAAUUCGGAUACUUGUGGUUCCCAGGCUGCUCGAUGGCAAGCGAUAACUGGACUGGAUGUCGCUACCGAGAUCCUCCUGUUGUUGCUGCCGAUCCACCUCGUCUGGAAAUUGCAUAUGGCGAAGUCGAAGAAGCUCUUCAUCACCGUGGCUUUCUGGAUCAGAUUACCAGCUUUGGGGUUCUCCAUCGGAAGGAAUUACUACACAUUACUCUUGAACCACAAGGAGACAGAUGUGGGACUAGAUAGCGCACUCGUCACCAUCUGGCUGGAGGUCGAACUCGCGUACGCCAUCGGAUCGAGUACUCUGUCAGCCUUGAAGAGCUUUACAGACAACUUCGCGACAGGCUUCGGCUUGGGUUUCACAAGAGGCAAAGGCGAGGACAGCUACGGCCUCUCCAACGUAUCAGGAUCGACCGGCAACUCAUCGAAAACGGAGAAAGCCAAAUCCGCAUCGCCGUCCCAGAGUCGCACGGAUAACAAGAGUCCCGAGAGCAGGAAACCGCCAGAUCUCCGUGUCCCACCGUCAGCACAUGUGAACAACGUGGCAGGCGAUGAGCCUCUGAGACUACGGCCAGAGGGAGCAGUCGCGUACGCAUCCGUCUCGGCAGAGCCGUACAGCCCUGAGCUGUGGCGCGCAAACAGCAGCGUGGGAAGCGACAGCUCAGGAGACGAGAUGGUGAUACUUCGCGAGACGGCGUACGAAGUCCAGCACGACCAGGCCCCGAUGCUGCCGUCUAGAGAAAUGCUUGCAUGA